CAACAUUGUCUAAGUAAUUCCUUUAAUGUUUAAUAUAUUCAGUAAUAAUAGCUUUUAUUGCUGAAAUCGUUACAGAACUGUGCAUAUAUUUUCACGAUAAAAAUAAGUAAUAUCAAUUAACUAUAAAAAGAAAAAGAUCUUAAGGUUACAUUUCAACAAAUCAUCAUAAUAGGAUGUCGACGGAUUUUUAUAUACGAUAUUAUGUAGGUCAUAAAGGAAAAUUCGGUCAUGAAUUUCUCGAGUUUGAAUUUAGACCUGAUGGUAAACUACGAUAUGCGAAUAAUUCAAAUUACAAGAAUGAUACAAUGAUUCGAAAAGAAGCGUAUGUACAUCAGUGCGUGAUGGAAGAACUAAAGAGGAUUAUUCAAGACUCUGAAAUUAUGCAGGAAGACGAUUCUUUGUGGCCACAACCAGAUCGCGUUGGACGGCAAGAAUUAGAGAUUGUAAUUGGCGAUGAACAUAUUUCGUUUACGACUUCAAAAACUGGUUCUUUAUUAGACGUAAAUCAAUCACGGGAUCCAGAAGGACUAAGAUGCUUCUAUUAUCUUGUACAAGAUUUGAAAUGCUUAGUGUUUUCUCUCAUUGGACUACAUUUUAAAAUAAAACCUAUAUAAAUAUAUAUAAUUAUUAUACGAUGUAUUACAAGUUUAAGGAACUUUAAUAACUUCAUUGUGUAAAGAAAUAUAUGAUAAUUUUUAAUUAA